AUGCUAGGCUCACAAUCCUGGAUUGCUGCGGUUGGAAUUCCAACAUUCGUGAUUACUGGCUUUAUAGCCUCUAGGAAGCGUUUAGCGCAUCAAUGGAGGGAGGAGUUAAUGGAUCCAGUGUCUGACUCUUAUCCCCCUCUUUCAGACGAGCAUAUGGAAUUUCUUCGUGGCGUUGCGUUCGAUUUGCCCGUCAUCCAAGCCGAGGGAACUGUGAAACCCAGGCAGGUUGAUGGCGCGCUCGGGACCCCUUUGACGAAGAAAGAAAACAUCGGGCUUCGCGUGGAAAAGGGUUUUUUAGCACCACACGAGGUAAACAUCUUUCUGAACCAAGUAUGCCAGUGGUCUGUAAAGCUUGGAUGCACCUUGGAUCCUCUGAAGGUACGUUUUUUCGAGCAGAAGUUGGAGCAGGGACGCUUGUCUGAGCUCAGGGUCGAUCACCAAGUUCUAGACUCAGAUGAUUCAAGCUCUAAAACAGGGCUCAAGGGCUGCCUCCGAUCGUCAUGGUCGUGGUUACGACGGAAAGGAAGCGGGAGGGUAGGGAAGGGGCCGUUUGGGGAGUUAGACAGUAGUUUUUUUUCACAGGUUCGCGUGAUAUCCGACCAUCCAGAAAGUAAUCAGCCCGUGAAGGCUCCCUGGGGUAGUGGUGAUCGCAUGAGAUUUGACCUCAUGCCUGCAUCACUGCGGAAUCUUGUGCAUCGGGUGCAACAGUCUUGCCCUGGUAUUGGCAGGCUUCGUCAUGUCUACAUCGAAUACUCGCCGAAAGGCUCGUUUUAUCACGAACCGAGCACCCCUAAGUAUUUCGACGGCAAUGAUUACGUGAUCAUCCCGCUCCGUCGAGAUUCCGCGCAGAUGGUGAUCACCUUCUCGCCGGUGAUGCGCUCGCGCUUUUCGAGCCUGCGCGAGAUCAUGCAGAAUAGUUGGACGAAUCGCGAUAUUGAUUGCCUUCUCCCGAAUGGAGGGUUGUUGCGGGUGUAUGGCCUCGCGAGGUACGAUUGGGGGUGGAGCGUGCGGCCGGGAGCGGGGUGGUUUGGCAGCCACUUAAAUCCUAUCACGCCAACGCCUUCCACGCGACCUUCAUCCUCACAAGGAGUGAUAUCAACGUGGUUUGAUCGUCUGCAACAGGUUGUGGGAUUGCUAGCGCCUGAGAAUGCUUCUUUAACCUAUCCGAUGGGCGGCAUCAAGGGUGUUGGCGGGAUUCAACCCUCUCAAAGCGACGCGGCGCUAGUUGUUUUACAUUUUGAAGGACCGAGAUCAAAGAAAAAGCAGCGUUCGAUGCUUUUGGAGCCUGAGCUGCUCAUUUUUGGCAGGGUGCCAACGGCCGAUAAAUUUGAGACGUGGACCGAUGACCAGCCCACCAAAGAGGGCGUUCACAAGGUGGGCGUAUUGCGCUUCAUGGUUGGUCAUUAUCUCGACUUGCUAAUGUCGGGUUAG